AUGGAGGUUAUGGAAGAAGGUAACCUUAUGGACAGGAUUCCGAUCCUGCUGUCAAGGGAUUUGGAAUAUUACGAGGCCAAUCAAAAGGUGCUGCAGGAGAACAUCUGCCCCGGAGUGGUCGGCGGAAAGUUGGACUUCCCCCGGUCGGCAUCCUUUGCAUCGGUUAAGAUAGUUGUCUGGUUAGAGGACGAGUACUUUGCUGCCUACAGGAAGAACUCGGGACUACUACAUCUAAGCGAUGUGCUGCAGGAUCACCAGGGGAAGGAAACCGACGAAGCGGCCGGAUGUGGCGGUAUAGUUAAGUCUUCGGAUCCGGAGAAGUUUGUACUGUUGGUGGUCAAAUCGGUAGACAACCUGUUGGAGCAUAUCCACACGCUGUCCCAGGAAGCUCUGGAUCACGCUGACCUAACUGUGCUGACGGCCACGAUAGGCGCAGCUGCGCUGGUCAAGAACAGUCUCAUCAUAUGGCUUGGAUGCGUCACCAAGAACGUGUGCCCGCCGAAGGGCGACGAGAAGGGAGGAUCACUGAAGAUGAGCUACAAGCAGUACUCGGAGAUGACGGAAGCCUUGGCGGAGCGGUUGCUCGAUCUGCACUGUCGUUUGCUCACGCUGUACAUUAUCCAAGAUGCGGAUUGUCUCCACUGGGAAAGUCAACAUCCGUUCUUCGAAUCGGAACGCGGCUCCUACACCAUCCAAAUGUGGUGGCUGUACAUGCAAGGGACGAAACAAGACCUCUGGAACUCAGUUCCACCAACCAUGGCUCAACGGGUAUUCGCCGGAAUGCUGAACGAAACACUGACGGUUCUUACAGUUCGCUACACGCAGACCGUGCCAAGUCGUUCACGAUCCCAGCUACUGCUGGUGGACGUUUCAAAUAUCUUGCUCUGCGUCGGUGAACUUCUGCCAACAAUCUGCGAAAACGGCGAAGCGUUCAUCGGACUCAACAUCACUAACCAGAGCAAGAUCAUUCGAGAUAUCCACUCCAAGUGUCAAGAACUGUUCUGCUGCUUACUACUGAGAGGUGUUCCACUUGGGGUGCUUUACAAGAUCACCAAGAAGGGAGUCAACUCGAUUGCAAUGUUCAACCUGCGCCAGGGACUUAUUACCCCGUGGACAAUCUUCGCCUUACCGAAGUUGUUCCCCACCAACCAGAAUGGACACUGGGCUACUCGUUGCUCUGAACUACCGACCAAUACGGCACUUUCGUUGGAGCUGAAGGUUCUUCUGGCAGCUCCACAAGCAAACUGGUGGCUUCUGUUGAAGGUCCUCCUGAUGCGGGAAGCACACCUCUCCUCUUUGAUAUUUCACCAUUUGAUAAAAAACUUGCCAACAUGCGAUAAUUUCAUUCCCAGUUCCAAGCAACCGUCAAUAAACCGAGAAAGCAUGUCAAAGAAGUGCGAGGGAUUCCUCUGCGGACUGGAGUGUAACGACAUUGUGCAGUGGUCUUUGGAGCAAAAAGAUCCCAUCGGCCAAACCAACUACCAAGUCCUAAUGGGGCUGACUUACAUUGUAAUCAUGGCCGGAAAGAACUCCGACGUCAACAAGACCCUCAUAUCCGCUUUGGAGAAGUGCAAGCUGAACGACUGGGCUUCUUGCUUGGAUCGACGACAGGUCUGGAACCAGAAGCGUCCUCCAUGGUUGGAAGCCACCCUUCACCUGAUCUAUCCGAUCUUGGGACCGAUCAUCCAUAUGCUGGUCUCGGCGGUCCAAACUACCGCUAGCAUCUACCAAGCCAUGUCGCUGUCGUUGUCCUGUUUUUCGGAAAUGUGGGACUGCAUUCCGGACUGUCUCUACACCGUGGUCAGCUGCUUGACGGAGAUUUUACCGGCCGAGAUCAGACCUCUUGGUGAUUCGGUUCUCAUACAGCUCCUCUACAUGGCACUGUACUCCAAGCUACUGGAGGCGUCGGAAAGUGAAUCGGAAGCUGAGCUGAAGGAACAGAAAGAAAACAAAGAUACGACCACUCCUCCGACUCCAGUAACGGAAGGCGGACAUGCAUCGACGAUCAACAUGAAGCCACGAUCGGUAAUUUGUCAAACCCUGGCCGAAGCGAUCUGUUUCAUCGACGAAGACAACAAACACACGGAACAGAUCCAGUCGUUGAUCAACCAGGCCCGUGAGAGUCAGAGAGCUUCGAACACGCUGGACAAUGAGAUGGAAGAAGCGGUUGGGUUGAGCUUUGCCAGUACCUCCAAGAUUGAUGAACUGGAUGCGUACAUACAUCUGUCGCCGAGCGUUCGAUCCGAAGAGGAGUUCGACGUGGAGAAUGCGGAAUACAUUGCCGAGAUGUUGGUUAGCGAUGUGCUGAUGGCGGGCGUGGGAAAGCUUAGCAUGAAGAUGAUCUACCAAUACAUACGGAAAAACAUCGAGUGGAUCCUUCAACAGCUGGGAGUAAGUGACGUUCAGAUAAAUCCGCUUCAACCGAACCCGGGACAAAAUAUCAAGGAAACCCAGCAAAGCUUGAUCGAUAUCAUGUUCCACAUCGGGAAUCAGUCGUUCGAUCAGCUGCUGAGUGGACAACUGGACAUUGACUACAAUAGCUGGUUCCAGACGCCGAUGUCGAUGAGUGCGGAGAAGGCAUGGUUGCAAGUUUGCCAGAGAUGGGAGUUUCAGCCGAGUGCGAAGCUUUCCGUCCACGAAGCGCUAAUGGUGUCGUUUAUAACGUCGCAGUUGAAGCCUUAA